GGCAAGAUUUACCCAACAGAAUUAAGCAAGACACGCUGCAAUAUAAUCAGUGACCUAACAAAUGAUUAUUGCGCAUAAAUGAAAUCAAUCAAAGUUGGUAGACAUUCAUGGUUUGCACGAAAACUCGAUACAUUUAAAAGAAAAUAAAACCAUUAAAUGCUGCUGUCUCUAAGAAAUCUCUUAGUGAAAAUGAUCCAUUUACCCUUCAACUUUAGCCAUCGCUCGAUGGUCUCGAGAUUCACUGGAUUGAAUGGACUGGACUUAAUGAAACUGGACUGGAGUGGUCUGGAUCUGGAGCGGACAGAAACAGAUCUCACAAAAACAUAGCUCGAAUUUUCAAAAUGAAGACUUGAUUUUCGACAUGUAAAAACGAACGUAAUAAACACAGAAGAAAAGAGAUAACCUUUUUCACUGAAUCACAUUUUCCGAAGGAUUAAAUGAACAACGUAGAAAUAUGAGAAAUCUGAAUCCACGCACAAUAUACUUAAUUGUAAACACGUGAUUUCCGCCGCCCUCGUUCUAUCUUCGUUCCUCCUCAGAGCGUGGGCUCCUUUCAUGAACAGCGGCUGGCAAUCGAUCCUGGAGAUGAUACAAAACAAAUUGAUUGUGGAAAUGGUGUCCUCUUGAAAGCGAGUGAGCGGCUUGUAUUAACAAGCUGCGUCAAGUGUUUGCAGUGUAGCCAUAUCACUGCACAACCAUCCGAGACGAGAGAACUAACUAAUCCAUUGACAAGUUGAAGGUGCAUCAACAGAAAGUAGGUCGGCUUUCCCGCUGACCGCGGGAAACGAGCGGGUGCCAACUCGUAAUUAACUAGCCGAGGUCAUGCUUGACAGCAAACAUUCUCUGCUACAAUAAUUUCGUGACAGGUUAUAAGGUUAUCUUAGUUUAUUUUCCCAGCUGCCGCCGCAGCACACCCUCAAAGUAAGAUGCACGUCAACGGGGGGGUUGCUAAUUAUUCCACGCUUCCAAAAUGAACAUGACAUUUAAAACGGCCAUUGACAAAGAUAUCUGGUCCUUCAACCUAAACUUGCAAAGUUUAUCUGACGAUCAUUUCGUUGUAAGUCAGCGUCUAAAUAGCAACUGAUAUAAUUUAGCGGUCAAUUAUAACCAAUUAUCUGCUGGAUGAUGCUGGCAUAAUACCACUUUGCAUAUGCCACAGAGAAACAACGCAGAUUAGGCUAAAUCGACUUGCGCUCUCUUCUGAAUCGCUGCGAGUGCAGGCGCUAUGUUUUGUUAGGACGCGUGACCAUGUUUAAUAGAAAGUUCUAAGCUAUUAAUCGGCGUUAUAUGGUGUAUAUAAUCACUGUUUACUCAAUACAUGAGAAUGUGAAAAAUUCUUUUCCUUUGUGCGGUUGAGUGGGUUCACACAAGAUUCUUAUCUUUGGCUUCAUUUAUCUCGUCUCGAUCCACGCACCAUCAAAUGUUUCCUGUAGAUAUUGGGUAGAGGCCUGCGUUCAGUUUCUUUGCCUUCAGAUUCGUUCAAAACAACAAAUCGCGAGACUUCAUUCCAGUUUUCUCUGGCUUUUUACAUAACCGUUAUCCCAAGCAAAACCUGCUUAGCGCUUCGGGCGUAGCAGUAAUUCUCGAUGACAAAUCUUGUCACGCCUUUGGACUCGCUGAGCUGUUACGUCUACGUCUUGAGAUAAACCGAACCUCAUAACGUUUCGCUUGGUCGUGGAGUCAAAUACUGCUGUUAUCAUUCCUGUCAUUACAAAAUGAACACCGCUACCGAAAACAACGGUGAAAUUUGGACGCGUGCAGAAUCGGCGCUAAAUGCGACGGACGAAACGCCGAGCCUUGUGGAUCUUCGUGUGCCAAGAUAUUGUGUAUUUGUUCUGAUUUUUCUGUUCAGUGUAACUGGUAAUACUUUGGUUAUUCUCACGGUUGUUUUGUUGCGGAAAAUGAAGACGGUGCCAAUGCUCUUUACAGCGAAUUUAGCAGCCUGCGACUUAAUUACCACUGUGUCCAGCAUUACUUUCGAUUUACCCGAGUAUGAACUUGGCUACUGGCCGUACGGCGGAGUUCUUUGCAAGAUAAUUUGGCCGCUGGCGACUUUUUCCACAAACGCAGCUGCUUUGACUCUUGUGGCCAUAUCAGUGGAUAGGUACAUCUCGAUAAUUUGCCCUCUUAACUUGCAGUACCGCAUAACGAAAGGAAAGUGCUUGAAGAUAAUCGCCUCGAUUCACAUUGUUUCUGCUUUAGCUGUUGUUCCCUAUGUUGUCAUCCUGGAGUACAACGAAUCUCCAGAAGGCGCCAUUUGUGAUGAAGAUUGGCCUGAUGGAUACAGCCUUGAUAAAGUCUACACUGUUGUGCUCUUUGUGUUACAGUAUGGACUGCCAGUGAUUGUCAUGUCAACAGUUUACACGUGGAUUGGACUCAAACUUUGCAAAAACACUGGAAAAGCUGCGGAGCUUAGUACCGGCAAGACGAAGAGAUCUCGCAGCGCGACAUCGGGUUCUGGACAGGCUUUACUGCAGACCACCGCGGACAAAGCAAUAAAUUCACUUCAAAAGAGGAAAAUGCAGAAUGAGAAGACCGCGAAAAUGUUUCUGGUGAUUGUUGUUAUUUUUCUGAUUUUUAUGAUGCCUCACCAACUGUUGUGGCUUAGCUACGAGUACGCUAGCCAUACCAAAGGUUUUAAACGGAAUCAAGAACUCAUAGUUUUCUUGUGCCGAGCAUUUACAUACACGAACUCCGUGUUGAAUGCGAUUAUCUACGGCGUUUGCAAUAGAAAUUUUCGCCGCGGUUUUCUGUCAAUUGUCAAGUGUCAAUGCAGUAAAGCGCACCAAAGGAAUCAAGCAAGAAAAGCUAAAAGAAGUGAAACUAUGUUCGCGGCAAAUUUCCGCUCUCACCAAGACUCCUUCAGGAGUCAAACAUCCACGUUAGACUCGGCCUGUGGUGUGAAAGAAAACAGCGCGCGUUUCAAAGAACUGAAAGGAGGUGCUAAUCGCGAUCGACACGACAACGCCAUUGCCAAUGGAAUUAAAAGUUCCGGAACAAAACUGGGGCACGGAGUUGUCUCCAAACCACUUAAAAAAACUUUCAUGGAGAGAAAUGAAUCACGGAAAAAUGCUUCUUUCUACACUCCCAUGGACAAACCUUGGAAGCGAAGCCGUGAUAACACUGUACACAUCAACAGCUCUACCAAGCCUCAUACUCAUAAAUCUUUGUAUGAGAACACGUCGUCUAGUCGAGAUCUAUUCCAGGUCGUGUCAGAAAGAGACACUUUGUUCUGGCUCAGCGAAACCGAAGCUUUAUUGAACAGACUUUGCAAGGAGCUCGACACUGCUGGAGAGAAAGGAGUCAUGUCCGAAAAGCAACAUGAACUUGCACUCCCCAAACAAAAUGCCGACAAACAUCUGUUCCACCCCAAGUUGUGCGAGGAAAAAGAAACUAUUCUCUAAACAAACACAAGACACUGCGGGAUAAAGUACUUUUUUAACUGACUAUUGGAAAAAGAGUUCAUUCGGAGACAAGUCUGUACGCGCGUGUUAAUCGGAUGAAAUUAUCACACAUGCACGAUUGAAAGACAAGAACCGUACAUCGACGAGGCACAUAUCCUCUGCGUUUACAUAAAGCGCUGACUUAUUUUGAGUUAACUUAGAGCCUUUAAAUCCAGUGUCAACAUUGCAAGUAAUUUGUACUCCAUAUAAGCCACCCACUGCUUUGUUUUUAAAAGCAGGAACCUUCAAUUUAAUCUCUCGAUUGGAAUGUUGGUUUGUUUUUCGCAAAUCGUGACUUCAUUAAAAGAUCCAUCUUUGUUUUAAAUACCUGGCGACAUGUUUGUUUGUAAAGUGCUUUUGUUCAGUCUUUUUGACAAUACAAGGUUUUAAUGUCAAGUUUUACUUACCGUGCCGGAACAGCAAUUUGUUCACGCAGAACUGACUUUUGUU